AUGCUUCUUCUCUCUGCUGUUGCACUCCUCGCCGGAGUAUCUCUUACUCAGGGUGCUCCAUCCGCAACAAACACUCUAGUCGAGCGAACAGCUCAAGGCACAGGCACGGAUAACGGCUACUUCUACUCUUUCUGGGCGGACUACUCCAACGUCAACUACAACAACGGGCCAGGCGGAUCAUACAACGUCUCUUGGUCUAAUGGAGGAAACUUUGUCGCGGGCAAAGGCUGGAAUCCGGGAAGCCCAAGAACAAUCACCUACUCCGGCACCUACGCCCCCUCAGGAAACAGCUACCUCUCCAUCUACGGCUGGACCAAAACACCACUCAUCGAGUACUACAUCGUUGAAAACUUCGGCACCUACAACCCCUCCACUGGUGCCACCAAGAAAGGCCAAGUCACCAGCGACGGGUCUACCUACGACAUCUACGAGACCACACGUGUGAACGCGCCGUCUAUUAUUGGGACAGCAACUUUCCAGCAGUACUGGUCUGUUCGCCGGGACAAACGGUCCAGUGGUAGCGUUACAACGGGCAACCACUUCAACGCAUGGGCAUCCUUGGGGAUGAAGCUGGGCUCCUUCGACUACCAGAUUGUCGCUACUGAGGGUUACUACAGCAGCGGGUCGGCAUCCAUUACUGUUGGGCAGGGCGGCUCGUCUGGUGAUGGGGGCGAUGGUGGGAACGGUGGUGGGAACACGAAUGUAAGUGAGCGCGAUUGUUUCUUUCGUUUCCGCCCAUGGGGAUAG